ACCACCCACCCAGUGCAGCAUCAGCACCUCGCUCUAAGUGAAUGCGGUGCCGCAUUGAACAAAUAUUACGGACACGUGCUACCAUAAUGCGUUGCAUAUUUGAUAUUCCUAAAACGGAGUCUCGCUGAAAUUGCAUCGGAUAACGUUUACAUGGCGUAAAGACAUUAUGCGUGAAUAGCACACUUACGCAAAGACACAAGUCCUGCGCGAUUACGUAGUGAUGCUCAUGUCCGGGAUACGGACGGGACGGGAGUCCUCGUGACUGCGGGAGGAAAAGGGGGAGACUGUACCUCGGAUAACACAAAUUCAAAGGAAAUACCAUGGCUUUAUAUUUAUUAUUCAAAACACCGGAUGCAUCAUGGGAGCAGCAUAGAGAGUCUUUCACAACAAACUGUCCCCGCGUGCAUGUUUUCAUUUCCUUUUGCUGUCGAUUGUUCCCCUUUCUCUGCUGAUACCGCUGUGCUUCAUGAGACGUGUUUUCCGAGUUCAGGUGGGGGCUGUGAGGCUCUCUAGUGGAAACCCGGUGAACACACACUUCGAUGAGAGCAGGACUUGGAUUGAUUUGUCCUCCUCCGCGGUGUAGCCAGAAGGCCAAAGCUGCUCCACUCGCUCGCGGAUGCUGCAGCCACUCGGCCUGCUAAAGGCUCUGGGUACCGCAAUGCCGCGGGAAUGGAGAGAGAAAGACGGCAGGUGGGCGAUGGAGCAAACCAGAUCAAGGGAUAUUGGAGAAUGAAGAUGCACGACUCCUAGAAUAAAUGUUGACACAACAUAUGUGUCUCGUUCCGUUUUAAAAGCUGUGUACUUAAUGUUAUAUAGACCCUACCUGCAUAUUUAAAGAAGUAUUUUCACAUAUUAAACUGAGUCACAUAGUCCCACAAUUUAGGAAGUUUUUCGGUAGCCAUCAUGCCCUCACCGUCGGACUCCAGUAGCGUGGCCUCGAUGUCAGGGUCUCGAGCUCUGUCUGGGAGUCGCAGAGGAAUGUCUGGGCGGACCAGUGCGCGCGUGCUGCUGUACCUGGGCUUGUGUCACCUUGCGCUUGGGGCCAUGGUGCUGGCCUUCAGCUUCACAAGCCUCGCCUUCACCUCAUCACCCCGAGUUAGACAGUCCUGUCCUUUCUGGGCUGGUCUCUUUGUUGUGGCGUCAGGAGUAGUGGGUGUGAUCUCAUGGAGGAGGCCCUUCACUCUUGUUGUGUCCCUGUUCAUGCUGCUGUCUGCAGUGUGUGUGAUUCUCAAUUUGGCUGGUUCCAUGCUCUCAUGUCAGAACGCACAGAUGGUCAAAUCUUAUGUUACCUGUCAGAUGGAGAAUCGUCUGUGUCUUUGCUGUGACCACAAGCAGACAUGCUCUCCAACAGAAGAUGAGACACUAGUGCUCUACCAACAUUCAGACUGCCACUCUGUGCGUCAUCAGCUCAAGGAUCUGCUGUUCAGUGCCUGUGGUCUUAGUAUUCUCUCUACCAUUAUCUGCACUCUGUCCACCGUCACCUGCAGCAUUCAUAUCUUCUCUUUGGACCUAAUGCAUCUACUGGCUCCUCAUCGCUCUCGCUCUGUUAACCCAGAAUGCACCACUCCUCAGGAUGCAUUUCUCAGUAACAUGAUGGACUUUGAGGAGUUUGUUCCGCCCAUUCCUCCACCACCUUACUACCCUCCUGAAUACACCUGCAGUUCAGAGACCGAUGCACAGAGUGUCACAUAUAAUGGAUCAAUGGAGAGUCCAGUGCCUCUGUACCCAACGGACUGCCCUCCUCCUUAUGAGGCAGUGAUAGGUCAAAGGGCUCCCAGUCAGGCCACAGUGUUUGACACUCAAGCCAGUGAGCUGUCUGGAGAGAGAGGGGCAUCCACAGCAUUCAGUGGGGAAGUGUCAAUGGACAGUGGCUCUCUAUUGAUGUCUGAGAUUGUGGAUAUUCCAGAUGACAGCUCCCCAUCUGAGGACUCCUGCCUAAUGGAAGUGGGUGUCGGUGUGCGGGCACGGCCACGUGGAAGUAGUGAGGGAGGGGAGGCGGGAGAGUACGCCAGCCUCCGUUCUUCUGCACAACAUCCCGAGGGAAUGGUGGCCUCUCCUUCCGGAAGGCAUUGUUUCAGAGGCGAGAGAUCAAACUCCUGCUCCUCCCCAAGCUCGACCAACACCUCUACCUACAGGUCUCCAGUGUUGAGGCGUCAAGCUCUGUUGGCGAGUAGCUGCUCUCAGUUGGAGUUCUUAGCGGGAUCUAAACAUUCCUCUAUCCCAGAAAUCCGAGUUCGGCCCUGCACACCCUCCCGACUAGACUCCUCAUCUGCAUUCACUAACUCACCUACCGCAGCUCCAUCAGGUCCUGCUCAAAACCGGCCGGACCACACAGUACCAGUGCUCCUUCUGCGGCCAGGUUUCCGUGAGCAAAUUGGACGUGAUAGAAAAGAGAGCGAUGGCUUUUUACCUCUCUUGAGGUCACACAGUGAACCAGGACUUAGCUCUUCAACUGACACAGGUGAUUUCAGUCUCUCAGGAGGCAAUAAAGGAGUCAGUGAGGGGGGAUCGCAGACCUCAUCAGAAACAGGGGUAUCGUCUGGAGCUGGUUUGCUGCCUCGCUCUUCUUUGGCACUUCCUGCUUCCCUGCCCAGAAAAGGUAGCAUUAAGGCUGUAAGUACCCGGUUGCCCUCAAAACAAGUCCCAGCCACCUCGCUGCGUUUACCCAAAGACUGUGCACGCUCACUUGGAGACCUCAAGGUCACCAAAGUUUUAGUGCAACGUUUCCUGCAGAGAUCCAAACGUAACUUAGCCCUUGCAAAUGAACAUGCUGGAAACUGUACUCAGGGGCCAAAAAGGAGGACAGGAAGUGAAGGCCUGCCAUUAGAACAGGUGCUUCGUAACUCUCUGGGGGCCAACAGGGGGCAGCAGCAACACGUCCACCACCACUGCCGUGGACACCAUCACUCCCAUAGUGACAGUCGCCAUAAUGCCCGUCGCCAUGAUGAUGACCCUGUAAGGGCCGGGGGAAUCCACUUGCGUAGCUGCGGAGACCUCAACUCGACAUCCAUUGCAUCACUGCGCAGACUCCACCCACUGUCACACGGAUCAUCAGGGGCUCUUUACUCAGAAUCUGCCCUCUGAAAUGGGGCAGGGGUUCUGGAAUAAAUCACUGCUGGAUUCAGGAGAGGGGACAGAGGAAAUAUGAGGAAAGAGUAACAGGUGGGAAAUGAGGAAUUUACCUUGCAGAAAGGGUGAUUUGAAGGGUGUUUGAAAAACAGUAUAUGUAACAUUGGUGAAGUUUUCAGCUGUUCUUACUGUAAUAAAAAGACCGAACAGUUCACCCGAUAUAAUGGAGUUUAACCCUUCAGCCCCACUGCUCUCUGUGCCAGACAAACUCUGGCCCUUCUGUUUUAUAUUUGAUAGGGAAAGAAUGCAGAACCUCUGACUCUGUUCCUUGUCUUCACAGCUCAUUACUCAUGCAACUACAAACAUACAAUCAUAUGUUUGGCUGUAACAAUGUUUUGAACUUGGGGUAAUUUAAAGGAAUUAAAUAAAAGGAAUUAAACAAUUAAAGGAUUUCAAUGGAUGUAAGGAAAUAAACAAAAAGAACAGUAAAAGAAGUAAUAGUAACAUUAAAAGCAAAAAUUUGUAAAUUAAUCAAUUUAAAAUAUUUCCAAAUAUUACACUUUUUUGUUUUUUUGUUUUUGUGGAAGUGCAUGUUUUCUUUUUCCCCCUAAAACAAAGAUAUUUUAAUUGGAGCUUUGAUCUUUUGCGUCUGUAUGUUUCUCAUGGUGUGGACUCUAGCUUCCCAGCCUGUGUAAUACUUUCCUAGAAUGCCUCUGCAUGUAUUGAGAAGGCUUGUUUUCUGUUUGAUUGUACACCAAAUGCACUAACACACACAGAUACACAAACAUGCUUGUGACAAAACUAGAUGCCACUAAUGCAAAGAAAUGUUUAAGGGAAUUUUGGAUUUUAUAAUACAGAUGAUUCUCUGGCAAUAAACAUACUUGCACAGUUAUGUAGACAUUGAACUAUUACAGGAAGUUGGGACCUUGUAUUGAACGAUAGCUAUGAAAACUGAACUCUCACUGGAAGUGAGACAGUGAACCCUGUCGAUCUGAUAUGUUCAAGGAUUUUUCAAUGUUCCAGACAAUUUGGGAACAAUACAUUGGAAAGACAGGCCGCACUUCUGUUGUAUCUGGCUCUGUUGUAUUUGGAAAUUGAUGUACAUCUGAAGGAAUAAUUGCAGUUGUCAAUUUGUCAGUUGUUUAGAAGUGCUUUUGAAUGCUAGCAAAUGGCUUUGAAUCAGUAGCAAUGUUACUAAAUAAUGCAUUCAUACUACAUGUAAAUAACUUUGAUGCACAGACUCUCACGCUCACACACGUUCUGCAACUUUGAAGCACUGAAACCAAGUCUGAAAAAGAGCUUGAUAUUCUACCUCUUGUAUUGCAUACACUGACAUGUUAUGGCCCAGUGGAAUAUUUAAAUUAAUUUAAUAAUUUUAUGGACUAUUUAUGAAACAACUUCUACACUGACUGAUUAAAACACUGUUAUUCUGGGAAUAUGAUGCCUAAAAAGAACAUUUAAAACAGCUCUGCUUCAUGAACGUUUGAUGCAAGUUAUGUAAAAUUACAACAAUAAAUAUAUGCACAUCAAAUUUAUCA